CCCUCCCCCCUCAAAACCCCCCGACGCUUCCUCUUCAUCGCCUCAAUCGGCAAUCCACGCCCAUACCGCACGACGCGACACAGCGCCGGCCACAUCCUCCUCGAAGCCCUGACGCCACUUCUCCCACGCCGAGUCCCUCUCGUGGGCACCUCUCCCAACAAUGGCACCAUAAUCAACCCAUUAUUCUACAAAACCUACACGAGCCCAUCAUACAUGAACGAAUCGGGUCCUAAACUCCUCCGCAACUUCCAAUCGUGGCUCUCAUCCACCCAAACCGAAAUAUACCAGAAGAUCGUGCAGCCGGGAAAUGUACUCUCCACAAACCCAGAAUCAGACGCUACAGCAGCAGAAUGGCAUCUCCGGGGCGCUGACCCGACAACCCUCCGAAACUUCUCCCCGACACUAGUCAUCCUACAUGAUGAAUUGGAGGCGCCGCUGGGAAAAGUCCGGGUGAAGAGAGGUGGGCCCGAGAAGGCGAGUUUGAGGGGACAUCGGGGAUUGAUUAGUUCGUUUGAGAGUUUGAGGGGCAAGGGGAUGUAUCCUCCCAAUCCGAAGAAGAAUGUACUUGGGGCCGGGGUGGAUUUGUCGGUCUUGAGGAUUGGGGUGGGGAUUGGGAGGCCCGAGACCAGGGAUCGAGGGGGUGUUGCGAAGUAUGUCCUGUCGGAGAUGAGUGAGCAGGAGCUGAAGGCUGUGAGGGCUGCCGCGGGGCCGGUUUUGGAGGUGUUGGUGGAUGAGUUGUAUAGGGAUGGUGCGGAGUGA